UGUGGCGUCAACAACAAGGCAUCGUUCCUUAGCAGCUCGCUGGCUAACGCGGACAGCUAAUCUCAGCUAUGGUCCACCACCACCGAUGUUUCAUCUGGUAAAUAAGAUGGUGCUUGGAAUGACUCGACUGGUUCUGGACCGCCUGGAAGCAUGGAGACUGCUUGGAUGGUACACUUUAACUGGUGUCGCAGAGGUGCAUUGACGCGAGCUAAACUGAACCCUGCUAGGAGAGAUCUUUCUACUAUCAAGCUAGCUAACGUUUUGAUAGACUGCCUUGGAAACGUGAGGCGCAGUCCCUAAAGACUACCAGGGUGCAGUAAAAUGCUAUCAGUGAAGUGCUUGUGACACUGAUGCCAGCAGAGAGCAAUCAGGAUGAGUGGAGCUGGAGAGCACGCGGACAUCCUGUCAGUGGGAGAUGUGGUCAGGGACAGGUGGAAAGUGGUCAAGAAAAUAGGAGGAGGCGGCUUUGGGGAGAUCUAUGAAGUCCUGGAUCAGCUGAGCCAGGCCACUGUUGCCUUGAAGGUCGAGUCCGCUCAGCAACCCAAGCAGGUGCUAAAGAUGGAGGUGGCUGUGCUCAAGAAGCUUCAGGGAAAAGACCAUGUCUGUCGCUUUGUGGGCUGUGGUCGGAAUGAUCGCUUCAACUAUGUAGUGAUGGAACUGCAGGGGAGGAAUCUGGCAGAUUUGCGCAGAACGAUGACCCGCGCUACCUUUUCCAUUUCCACGACUUUGAGGCUGGGCAAGCAGAUUUUAGAGGCCAUAGAGAGCAUCCAUUCUGUGGGCUUUCUGCACCGAGACAUUAAACCUUCAAACUUUGCAAUGGGUCGACUUGCCAGUACCUGCAGAUGCUGCUAUAUGCUAGACUUUGGUUUGGCUCGACAGUUUACCAACUCCAACCAAGAAGUCCGUCCACCUCGUCCUGUGGCAGGUUUCAGAGGAACGGUGCGAUAUGCCUCAGUCAAUGCUCAUAAGAAUAAGGAGAUGGGUCGCCAUGACGACCUGUGGUCCCUCUUCUACAUGCUGGUUGAGUUCAUGGUCGGACAACUUCCCUGGAGAAAAAUUAAGGACAAAGAACAAGUAGGAAACCUAAAGGAGACGUACGACCACCGCCUCAUGCUGAAGCACCUUCCUUCAGAGUUCAGCACUUUCUUGGAUCACAUCUUAACCUUGGAUUAUUUCACUAAACCUGACUAUCAGCUCCUAACAUCUGUGUUUGAGAAGGCCAUGAAGAACCACAAUGUGCUGGAGAACGACCCCUAUGACUGGGAGAAAUGUGAUUCAGAGGAUGUGCUGACCAUCACUGCUGCAGCGAACACUGCUCAGCAGCUCACUCGCCUCACCCCAGCUUACCUCGGCAUGGCCAACGCUUCGGUGCUGCCCGGUGAGCUGCAGAGAGAAAACACAGAGGAUGUCCUUCAAGGGGAACGCCUCAGCGACGCCGACAAUUGUCCCCCCAUCCCCACGCCGACCACCGCUGGUGGAGACGUGUGGGAAGAGAUGGACCGCAACCGCAACCUUAAACAUCCUCAACCGAUGAUCAGGAAGGUAGUAAGUGAAGAUGAACACAGUCAGAAUCAGGGGAACCAGAGUCCCAACACCGGCUCAGUGCAGAGCUCUCCACGUCGGGUCCGAUCAGAGACCAUGUUCCUGGACCGAGCCGCACCACUGCUGCGCCGGAUGAGGCACAGCCAGAGCCUGGCGUUUGAAAAGCGCCUGGCGCCUGAACCAAAACCCACAAUCGAACGCUUCCUUGAAGCCUACUUGGGCAAACAGCGGCCGGUGCUUUGUCACGUUGGGGAGAAACCAAUCCCUGAGAACGGACAGCAGACGCCUCCCUGCAACCAGGACCAGUCCGGCACGGCGACCCCUGACCCGGAGGAAGCAGCGGCAAGCAGCGGCUUUGUCGCUGUCAACUUCAGCCCCGUGCCUCAGGAGGCUGACUCUCAGGAAUGGGUGAUGCUGGAGCUGGAGCAGGCCAACAGCUCAGGAGCAAGCAAACCUCAGGCGGAAACCCAAUGUGAGGACAAGUCGGGUCUGUGCGGUUCUGAUAGAGCAGAGAAUCAUUCCGCUGAGCAGCAGGACAGCCAGACCGGUCCUGCAGUACCUAGCAGCCCCGUCCUGUCGCAGAUGGCCAUGCCCGGAACCUGGUUGCUAGGUCACCGCCGGCUGCCAGGGAUGCUUGGACCUUCAGUCCUGAUGGGGAGAACCCAGAUGGAGCAGUCCUCCAGCAGUGGGCCGCAGUCUCCUGUGAGGAAGAACGAUGCGGCUCCAUUAGACACACCAAGCUGUAAAUCUCAGGAACUUGCUGAGGACGUCUCAAAGGACAGGAAGAGGUUGGACUCAGUGCCAGAGUUGAUCCCUGCCAAAGGCGCCUCGUCCCACCUGACCAAUGACAGAGACCCCGAGAGUGACUCUGGCCUGCCUGACCGCUCCUCAGAGCCCAAUCAGCAGCCUCCAGCUGAUCCAGUGGGGGGCGCCGUGGAGAGCACUGUCACCGUCUCCUCCUCUCCUCCUCCCGCUCUGCUCAAGCGCAGAGACUCCCCAUUGUCUCCGAGACUGAGCCGGAUCCCGGUGCGAGAUCCCAGCAACCCCCUGGACUCGCCGAGCCGGGAGCCGAACGUGGAGCGGCUUCACCGCUGGAGCAGCCCACUCCCAGGCUCCCCCACUCACUCGCCCUCUCCCUCCCUGUCCUGUGACAACCUGCCCUGUGCUCUGCCAAGAGACAGGCUGUCCUCGGAGCGCGGCUCCAGGUCCGACUGUGGGGGAGAAGACCCCCUGUCCCUGUCCUCCUCAUCCGGAAGCAAAAGUAAAAUCCCUCGCCCUGUGAGCGCCACAUUUCUGCCGGAGCAGCUCAGUGGAAGGUUUUUGCCUCGGCCACCUCCAGGGAAACCCCCCGUCCGUCCGGUUGUGGACAGCAGACGGCGGCGUUUGAGGGUGCGUGCCAGCAGCACUAGCGAUGCGGAUUUCCUGGCCAGCCUGACCCAGCUGAUGCAGGACCGCGGCGGGAUGCUCUUCAGCCCGCCUCCCCGCCCCCGCAGCUCCUCCUCCUCCCUGCAGCGCUCGCUAAGCUCCUCCCCCUCCCGCCAGGAGCUACGGGAGAGCAGUGCUCUGCCGGCCCGUAGCCGCUCGCCGUCGAGCUUGUCGGGCUCCCCCCCGCCACGACAUGCGCAGCCGCAGGACAGGGCCUUGUAUGGGCCAGCGCAGUGGGGCCCUGGCCCCAGAGGGAAACCCUUUGGGAAAGUGACUCGAUGACUGCAUCCGCCCCACAACUGACUGGUCCCAAAAUGUUGCACCUGUGGCGUUAGGCUGCCUACGCCCUGAUAGCAUGUGUAAAUAUGACAUUUACUGAAAGGAAUGUACUGUAUGUAAUGUAAAAUGUAUGAUAAAAUGUAUUUAUUUAUUUAUUCGGAUAUGAAACUGAAAAAGUGGAGAAAAUCUUGAGAUUGCCAACUUUUACCUCUCAUUUCACUCCUCCAUUAAAACCCUAUUUAGGCCUAAUGAGACCAAAAUAAUCACGUUUAAUACUUGAUAUGUAACAAAAAAUAAAACUAACUGUAGAUAUGUAUUAGAAAAAAAAAACAACCCACUAAAUAUAUAAACCAUGUAUUCACUGUAGAAACACUAAAGAACCCCACAAUCAGUAUAUAUAGAUCAGCAUUCAUGUACAGAGCCAGAGCAUGCAGCUUACGGACAUCACUCUGGUCAAACUGCUAAUCCUAGUAUUUAAUAAUGAGCUACUCAUUUGACUUAUCUUAGGGUAGUUGUGUGCUUUUAUGUCGCGUCACGCAGCCAUCCGCUUCUAAGAAUGUACGAUAAGAGCGCUAUUGUAAACAUGCAUGAGCUUCUUCCUUGCAAACAUUGUUUUUGUUUUUUAUUUAUUUGUACAAUCUGUUGAAGCAUCUGUGAUUUAUUGAACUGGUUCUGAUCCAAACAAUGUGGAUGUUGGAAGAUUUAUUUUUUAUUUUUUUGUUUGUUUCUGGGUAAUUUUUGCAGAGGGAGUGGAGGGGAUGGAUGGCUGGUGAAAAUAUUUGACCACCUAUACAGCAGGAGAGCAAGUUAGAGAAAAUAGAACCACAAUAGAUGUUUCAAUAAAGGUAAAAUACACCAAUCCCGCUGAUUUGUUGUUCUAAACAGAGGGAGUUGGAAGAAAUGGUUAAGAAGAGUCUGGAGACUCUGUUUUUAUCUCUUGAAUUUUAAUUAUGUUUAAAAUAAUUAGUAUUCAGCCCUUAACAGUGAUUGAAAUCUUAAGUUUUACCACAGUUGGCUCUGGCCAUUGAUUGCAGGCUCAAAUACUGAUUUGUCCCUGUUAAUUUAAUACUUCAAAAUGGAAACUUCAACUUUGUUAAGUCCUUAAAUACACCAGCUAAUCAUGUUUUGAUGAAUUUGCAUUUAGGAAAAAUCAGCUGAAGGUUUAACAUUAUUUGCUUUGAUGCAUAAAAGGGGGACAAUCUUGAAAACCAUUAUUUUGUUAGAUUUAACUCUCCCUGAUUUAAACAAUGUUCUGCAACCCUCAGAACAUUGUUUUUUUCCAUGAUCUUUUUUGUUGGAGAUGAGUUUAAACGGAAUAAAAAUUGCCAUAUAAAGUUUAUAUUUAAAUAUUUAAAAAUUCAUUGCAGCAAUUCAAUUGAAAAUGUGAAACCUGUAUCUUCUAUACAAAUUAUAUUAAGUAUUUUUU